AUGGAUGAAAUGUGCCAAUACAUUAGCAAUUUGAAGUUGGCUGAUGUUCCAGUAACUCAGUCCCCUAAAAAAACAGGUUUUCUAGGAUUUCUGAUAAGCGUCACUACUUUGAGGCAAUAUUAUUCAAAAUUUGUUGAAAAAUCAGAAUUAGAAGGCAAAGAGGUAGACUCGGAACAAUUAAAGUAUAUUUUAACUAACAAAUUUUCUCAAGAUCAUCUAGAGCAUUUUUUCGGAGCUAUAAGAGCUAAGGGUGGAUUUAAUAAUUACCCUUCAGCCAGACAUUUUGAAGCGGCUUAUAAGCGCCUCCUUAUACAUACAGAGGUCACAGGACCAGAAUCUGGUAAUGUGUCCAUCAAAGAUCUCACCAUUCUGACUUGUGGGAGUGGACAUCAGGUUACAAUGGAUGAUAGUGGCAAUGAUUUGAAAGUAGUGAAACCUAUUUGGAUUUUGAAAAAAAAAUUAUGA